UGAAGUUUUUGCGUCUCUCCCAGGCAUUCUAUAUUUAUAUUGAGCAAGCGAGUUUUUUCUCGGCUGACAUGUCUUCCAUUCGAACAAAUUUAUCAUACCAAGAUGAACCCUAUUCCCUAUUCUGUGACUGGUGGUCAUUUUGAGGCAAAGAAUGACCUUAUCAAUUUUCCUAUGGAAUGAGAGAAACUAUUUGAGAUAGUGAAAUGGAGAGGAAAACAAUAGAUGAUUUAGAACCGGGUCCUGUUCCUCCUAUUAAAGCAGUUGACAGAUUUGGGUUUAUAAAGCAAGAACCAAAUACCUCACCUGAAGGCUUAACCAAAAGCAGGUCUACCCAUGAACAGGAGAGGGAGGAAAGACGGGUUAGAAAGUGGAGAAAGAUGAUUGGUGUUGGUGGAAGUGAUUGGAAACAUUAUCUCAGAAGAAAACCUCAUGUGGUUAAAAGGCGCAUCAGAAAGGGCAUUCCUGAUUGUUUAAGGGGUCUGGUAUGGCAGUUGAUCUCUGGAAGUCGAGACCUCUUGUUAAUGAACCCAGGAGUUUAUGAGCAACUAUUGAUCUAUGAAACAUCAACUUCAGAACUGGAUAUUAUUCGAGAUAUUUCUCGUACUUUUCCUUCACAUGUUUUCUUUCAGCAGAGACAUGGGCCAGGUCAACGGUCACUCUACAAUGUCUUAAAAGCGUACUCUGUGUUUGACAGAGAUGUUGGAUAUGUUCAGGGAAUGGGAUUUUUAGCUGGCCUAUUACUUCUGUAUAUGAGUGAAGAAGAUGCGUUUUGGCUGUUGGUUGCUUUGCUGAAAGGAGCUGUUCAUGCCCCAAUGGAAGGACUGUAUUUGGUGGGACUGCCACUUGUACAACAAUACCUUUUUCAGUUUGAGCAAUUAGUGAGAGAGACUUUGCCAAUGCUGGGUGAGCAUUUUUCCCGGGAAAUGAUUAAUCCUAGCAUGUAUGCAAGUCAAUGGUUCAUAACUGUGUUCUCAUACUCAUUUCCUUUCCAUUUGGCCCUUCGGAUCUGGGAUGUCUUUCUAUUUGAGGGUGUUGAGAUUGUUUUUCAAGUUGGUUUGGCUCUGUUGAAAUAUUGCCACAAUGACUUAGUUAAACUGCCUUUCGAGAAGCUUAUACAUGCUUUGCGGAACUUCCCUGAGGAUGCCUUGAAUCCAGAUACAUUAUUACCUAUGGCCUAUUCAACCAAGGUAUCCAAUCGUUUGGAGGAGCUCAAGCAGGAGUAUGAGAAGAGAAAUGGGAAGAGAAAAAAUGGGGAGUCAGGUCAAUCCACAGAAUCUAGCCUGAAACAAGUCGAGUCUUUUAAGCAGAGACAAUCUUGAGGAAGGCAUUGACAAUACCUAUCCAAGAUGAGAUAAGCCAGACUACACAAUGCAGAAACCUCCCAAGUGAAUUUUUUUAUUCUUUUAUUUUUUUUUGUCAUAUCAACAAUUUCAUCUCAGAAAUAUCAGACAGAUUGAUUGGGUUUGCUGGUUUUUUUUUCUUCUUUUUCAUGGAAGAAGUGUUGGUUGUUUGGUUUGCCGCUUGAAAAUGUUGUACUAGUGAUUUCUACACAUGGACAACAA